AUGGCUCGUAAAUUUAUUGUUUUGGCUUUGGUUUGCAUUGCCGUUGCUGGAGUGGUGGCAGCCCAGGCCGAGGAAGCUCCAACGAGCUCUCCCAAGGCCUCUCCCACCCCGAAAUCCUCACCCACCACUCCAUCAUCGUCGCCUUCCGCAGCCCCAGUACCAAAAGGCUCAGAGUCAUCCGCUCCUAAGCCAUCAGCAUCCAGCCCCACCGGCUCCUCCUCACCCAAGGCUUCUGCUACUCCCACCUCCACACCUGCCGCCUCUCCUUCGGAUGCCUCCUCCCCAGACACUGGCGUCUCUUCUCCUCCCGCCCCAGGCAGCGAGUACACUGAAGGACCCGCAGCUGGACCUACUGCUGAUGAAGCUCCUGCAGCCGCACCCACGACAGAAAGCAGCGCCUCCGCCCUCAAGGUCUCUGCUGCCGCUGGUGCUGCCCUCGUCGCUGGCUUUUUCGUCUUCUAA